UUAGUUGCUCAGUGGCAUCAUCUUACGAGGGGAUUUUUCACCCUGAAACUCACUGCACGAUGGUUUAUUGACAGUAAACUAAAUACAAGCAGGUCUAAGUGAUUUAAAGCGUCACAGGAACCAUGGCAACGACAGCUCUCACCAGUUUCUCCAUGAUGAGCCUGCUGAGCCUCGGGUAUCUGACCUGGGAUCUGAUGAGCCCUAACCAGGUGGAAAACGAUCCAGAGCAAACUUUUACUGGCAGGUUUCCUGUCCCUCAACCCCCUCAUAUCAUUUUCAUUAUGACAGAUGACCAGGGGUUCAAUGACAUUGGCUAUCACAGCUCAGACAUCAGGACACCUGUGCUGGAUAAAUUGGCUGCGGACGGAGUGAAGCUGGAGAAUUAUUACAUCCAGCCCAUCUGCACCCCAUCCAGAAGUCAAUUCAUCACUGGCAGGUACCAAAUCCAUACUGGUCUCCAGCACUCCAUCAUCCGACCUCGCCAGCCCAACUGCCUGCCCUUUGACCAGGUCACCCUUCCUCAGAGGCUACAGGAACUCGGCUACUCCACCCACAUGGUGGGCAAGUGGCAUCUGGGUUUCUAUAAGAAGGAGUGUUUACCCACUCGGCGUGGCUUUGACACAUACUUCGGCUCCUUAACGGGCAGUGUUAACUACUACACCUAUGACGCCUGUGAUGGCCAUGGGCUAUGUGGCUUCGACCUCCAUGAGGGGGAGUCGGUCGCCUGGGGUCAGAUGGGAAAAUACUCCACCCAUCUCUACACCCAGAGAGUCCGCAAGAUCCUGGCAACCCAUGAUCCUCAAUCCCAACCGCUGUUCAUCUUCCUCUCCUUCCAAGCUGUUCACACACCCCUGCAGUUUCCUCAGGAGUACAUCGACCAGUACAGAGGGCUGGGAAAUGUGGCACGCAGGAAAUAUGCUGCUAUGGUCUCAGCUGUAGAUGAGGCUGUUCGUAAUAUAACAUAUGCUCUCCGCAAGUAUGGAUACUAUCAGAACAGUGUCAUCAUUUUCUCAACUGACAAUGGUGGUCAGCCCCUGUCUGGUGGAAAUAACUGGCCUCUUAGAGGACGCAAAGGAACCUACUGGGAAGGUGGCAUCCGGGGUCUGGGGUUCGUCCACAGCCCUCUGUUAAGGAAAAAGAGGAGGGUGAGUAAAGCACUGGUACAUAUUACUGACUGGUAUCCCACACUAGUGGGAUUAGCAGGUGGUGAUAAGUCCCUUACUGAGGGACUUGAUGGGUAUAAUGUGUGGGAAGCCAUCAGUGAUGGAAAGGAAUCACCGAGACUGGAGAUCCUGCACAACAUUGACCCUCUGUAUAACCAUGCACGAGGUGGAUCUCUGCAGAAAGGAUAUGGGAUUUGGAAUACGGCCAUUCAGGCCUCCAUACGAGCCGGAGACUGGAAACUUCUGACAGGAGACCCUGGUUAUGGAGACUGGAUCCCACUGCAAAUACUUCCAGGUUUCCCCAGCAGCUGUUGGAACCUGGAGCGCCACACACAUCCCCGAAAUACAGUGUGGCUUUUUAACAUCUCUGGAGACCCCUAUGAACGUUAUGACCUUUCUGAGCAGAGACCAGAUGUUGUGAAAGAGCUGCUAGCCAGACUGGUGUACUACAACCGUACUGCGGUGCCUGUACGGUACCCAUCAGAGGAUCCCCGGGCUGACCCCUACCUGAAUGGAGGUGCCUGGGUCCCCUGGGUAGGAGAUGAGGAGGAGGAGGACAGCUGGGUCAGUGUUUUCCGGAAAAAAAGCAUGGAUUGGAAGAAGAAGCUUAAACUGUCCAAAAUCCGGUCAUUUGCCAGGAAACUUAAUACUAGGAUCAUGUCCAACAGAAUAUAGGAGAACAUGACUGGAAAAUCACUGCUAUGUCACGAGUAGUUCUUGUUGCUGAGGGAAGAUCUGAAGAUGUAUUUUCAUGUUCAGCCUCUCUAAGAAGAAUUGACUGCAUCCAGUGUUUUUAUUAUUAUCUUUUUUUGUAUUAUAAGCUCAAAAAAUAUGACUGGAUUCCAUUUUACAGGUGCAACUAUGCAAGCUAGUGUAUUUACAAAAUCAAAAUCUAUGUACUUGACAAGGGUGACAAGGUGAAAUAAUUGGAAACCAUUCAUGACUUUGAUAAAUGUAAAU